AUGCUAGGUGAUAACAUAUUAGCCGUAAGAAUAUUCAAAGAUGACUUAUUUGUGAUGUUUGAUUUUAUGAAUCGGCACGUACGCCUCUUGUCAAAGUUAUCAAUUCUACACGUACGCAGGUAUAAGGAUGAGAAUGAUCAAGACGGAUUUUUAAAAUUACUAACUUUCACUGAAAACGGUGUUUUGCAAUGUCAUCUAGAGAAGCAGCGCAGAUGA